AUGGAUGUCGAAAGUGAACCUGUACCUGUGGCCGUGCGUCAACUUUGCCGGCUGUGUUUGAGCCAAGAAACAGAGUUGGUUGAUAUUUUCAGCGUCCAGCAAGUGGCAGGUAAUGCGGAAUCACUAACUGAACGAAUACAUGGCUGCCUUCAGCUGGAGGUUAACCAGAACGACAAUCUGCCGAAAUGGAUAUGCCGACAAUGUAUGGACAAAAUCGACGAUUUCGCCAGUUUCCGCGAGCGUUGCAAACAGAACGAACGCACGUUAUUACGGGGAGAGGGCAUUGGCCCAGCGAACGUAGAGAUGCCGUGCUAUAACGAAGAGGAUGAACAAACGGACGAGGAAGAAACUGAGAUGAUCGUAAUUGAUCCGUCAAAGGAGUAUGAAAGUUCGAACGAUAGUCUUCCAAACGAUAGCUACGGUGAAAAGAAUGGCGAUCUCUACUUUCCGGGAAUGGACGGUAUGAACGAAGCAGAAAAUCUACCCAGCAAUGCGGAUGAUGAAGAAGCGGAAGGCACGGAUGCUGACGAGGGAGAAGAAGAAGAGGAGGAGGAAGAUGAAGAUGACCUUAAAUGUGAUACUUUAGUGGAAGGAGCCAGGAACGGUUUGUCGCACGCCGGAAAUACCAGCUCGACGCCUCAGAAACCGACCAUUUACACGUGCAAGUACUGUGACGUUGCAUUUGCUGCAUCUUCCGCUUGUCAGCUGCAUGAGAUGCAGGAUCACGAUUUGCUGGCACCGUACGGUUGCAUGUAUUGCCCCUAUAAAACUGCGAUCCGCAUGUCCUUGAUAGCGCACAUACGUGAAUCCCAUAGCAUAAUGCGACCAUAUAUAUGCGUUCAGUGCAAUAAGGGAUUCCUGCGGCGGUCUGAUCUCAAGAAGCACACCUUCGUCCACACGGGUGUGCGUCCGUACGCGUGCGAACAAUGCGGCAAGAGCUUUUCGCGAAACACCAAUCUUAAGAAGCAUGAACGCACUCACUCUGGCCUGAAACCACAUAGCUGCGAGUUAUGUUCACGAUCGUUCGCGAACAAGGCGGACCUGGUACGCCAUCGGAAUCUGCACGUGGAACAUGAGAGGAAUCAGUUUGCUUGCAUACGAUGCGGCACCACGUACACUCAAAAGGACAAGCUUUACGAUCACGAGCAGUAUUGUCUUGGUAGGCAGUCAAUGCAUGGCCCGUUUUCCGAACGUAAGUCUGAUGUUCCCGCAGCACCGCUAUUGUAUUCACCAACUGCAGGACCGUUUUUGGUCGAAGAUAUCCCCGACAGUGAAGCAAAAGUCAUCAAAGCUGCUAGUGUCGCACCCGCACUGCCACCUUCGCAUGUUCCAGAAGCACCGCCUUCAAAUAAGGUCUACAAUUGCACGAAAUGUCCGAAAAGGUUUCUCAGCAAAGCCAGUCUUCGCGCACACCAGAGCACGCACUCUUCCGAAGACACACGUAGGUACGAAUGUCCGCAGUGUAGGAAGACGUUCGUAGGAAAACGGGAACUUGAGCAGCAUCUGUUGACACACCCAGAAAUAAAACCGUUCGGUUGUGCCACGUGUGGCAAGCGGUUUUCCCGUAAGGAUAAGCUUCAACGGCACCAGCGCAUCCAUCAGCGUGAUAGACACUACUCUUGUCCAAACUGUGCUGCAAAAUUCGUAAGAAGAGAUGCCUUGACAUCGCACCUGAAGAUUCACUGUACGGGAACAACUGCCAGGAAUAUUGAUACGGCGCCAACCAUGACACCCGGAAUGUUUUCAGCGAUGGAUCAGGGACAAGGCAUGGGAAUACCGAUGGCACUGCAUCAACGUGCUCUGAUGUAUUCUGUGAUUGGGGACGAUGCGGGCGUUGUCGAUCCAGCAUUUCGAAUGUGAUUCUCCCCGGAAGAGACGAGCUUGGUGCAGUAAAGCUCGGAAAUGAUGGAACAAAGGUAAAUGCUAUUUUAAUUGGAUGGAGCACAAACAUGAGAUGUUCUUCUUUAUGUGUCAUUUUGUAAGAAAUAGAGUAAGUGCGUUUACAAUAAGUUUUAUGUACGUUUGGUGAUCAAACAAAACUAGUUAUGGUUCUGGUUCAGCAGUACCGAUGAGAAACUUUUCUCCCAGAUUAAAACUCAUUGUCUACGUGUCUGUCGUUAUGCAUGCAGAAGAAAUAGUAGUUUUAUGAUUUUCUUGAAUAGAAGUUCUACGGAACGUGCAUAGAUUAAAGAUCCCAUAAGAUGGUAAAUGGAAGAAA